AUGAAUUUAGAUCCUGCUCAAUUGGUAGACAGUCAUGACGCGUCUUCGAUAUUUAAUUCUCCUACAAAACCGCUUAAUUUCCCAAGAUCAAUCAGUAAACCAAUAAUAGAACCAAAAGAAUCCCCAGCCUCUGGAUCAGACACUUGUGCCAGUGACGACGCCGAUGAACAAGCAAACAAUAAUAAAGUACCAAACACUUCCUUUGAUCGUAAUUUCAGUUUGGACGAUUCAAGUGAAGUACAAAAGACUAUAGGGAAACCCGAAUUGGACGAAUUUUCAUUCCAAACUCCCAUGACAUCAACAACGAACUUAUUAGAUGAGAAAACACAGCACGAAAAACUGCAAUAUCAAGAACCAAUCACUCCUUCAAGUAAAUCUAUUAUGAAAAAGAACUCUAGCAAUCAAGAUUUGUCUUCUCCGAAGAAGGCAGUUGCUUUUACAAACGACACUCCUGAAAUUCAUCAAUACACAGAAGUAAGCACAGAAACUUCCCAUAGUGAACACGAUACCCUGAACGAUCAAAUUGAGACUGAACCAGUAAACUCUGAAUGGAGUGAAUUACAACAUUCAAACACCUCGGAGGAAAAUGAUCUUACAAAUACUCCCCCACCCCCACCCCCACCACACACUUCUUCCACUUUCAAUGAUCUUGUAAACAGCAAUGCCAAUGCAAAUGAUGAUGAAGAUGAACCAAUUCCUGAGCAUUCAGAAUUGACUGGUUUGAAGUUGAAACAUGGAAACUUCAGCAAUUUAUCAUUAAAUGAGAAAUUGGACUUGUAUCUUUCCACAGAAUCAAACACAGGAAAACCUUAUCAAGAAAUGGAUACUCAUUUACAUGAAUUGGACCAAGCAGCACAUUCCAAGACUAAUGAUAAUAUUCAAGAUUUAUCCUUUUCAAUCCAAACUCCUCAAAAAGUAAUUGAAAAUCCUAUGGAUUCCUUAAAAUCUCCUGAUGUUCAAUUACAUUCAGGAUCUUCACAAUCUUCAUUGACUUCAUUGAGAGACGACAAUCGUAAAUUACAGAUGAAAAAAGAACGAGGUAAACGAAACAGUGGUAUUCAAUUGAAUGAUGGAAUAAAAGGAUUGUCGGAUGAUCUAGUCGAAUCAUUGAUUCCAGACAAUACCAAAGAACUAAUUGUUAGAUCUCCUUCUUUUGGUAUACAUGAAGAGUUUAAUGAUUCAUUUGAUAAAUCUUAUAACCAUACUGAACAAUCUAUUUUGAAUUUAUUGAAUAGUACUUCUAAAUCGUACGAUUUGGACCAUUUGUCUAAUGAAGCAAACAGUGAAGAAACCAUUGUUGAUGAGAAGGAACAAGCUCACGAUGAAAAAGAAGUUAAACUGGAGUUUGAACCAGAAAUUGAAUCAGAUCAUUCUAUCAAAGCUGAACCAAGUGAAGAAGUAAAUGUUCACGAAGAAAUUGUAAAGAAAGAGAAUGGUGAAGUUCCAGUUAAAUCUGAGAUUCCUAGUGUUCACGUUUCUAUGCACACAGAUCUUACUCCCCAAGAAGAAGUUGAUCAGUUACGUGAACAGAAGCCAAAUAUUGAUGAUGGUGAACAGACCCAGGACUCUAUUACUUCAGAAAAUUCGACAAAGAUGUCAAUAAAAUUCCAUAUGGAUAGUGAUUGGAAACUAGAGGAUAGCAAUGAUGGAGACAGAGAAGAUAACGAUGCCACCCAGAUGGAUGAUACAACACAUUCAGAUGUUUUGAAAAUUGACAAGGACGAAGCUGGUAAUUCAUCAUCAGAAUCGUUCCAAGAUGCUUCCGAUAUAUUAGCCCCUCAUACAUUAGCACCUCCGAGAUUUGAUGAAGCCGUUGAUGUAACUAAUGCGUCAGCUGAAAAGACAGAUCAGGCCGACACUUCAUCUGAGAAUGUUUUGGCUAACUCAUCCAAUGUUGCUCCUCCUGAAGAAAUUACAUUACCUGUUGUGGAACCAACAAACUAUUCUUCCUUUGAGGAAAUAACAAAGAAUAUGGAUUCAAUGUCAAAGAGCUAUGAAGAUUUAUUGUCAGCAGAACAUGAUGUGGAAAGAAAAUCUCCUAGUAUUGAUUUUAUAUCUAUUUGGCGCAAGCAUGAAAAGGAAAAGAAACAUGGUAGUUUGAAAUUAUCCAAGACCACCCUGAAUGCUUCUGAUUACAAGAUGGCGAUGCCAGAAUUUAGCAGUAGUAACCAUUGCAAAAUUCCAAGUUCUUUACAAACCAAAAAAUUUAAAGAAGUUCAUGUUAUGUCAAGAAAAAUAGUUAACCCUGAUUUCGAAGAUUUACAUGUGUCUGGUUUCUUACCUGAAAUAUCGGAAGAUUCUGGGUUUGACGAUCUUAAGCUCCAAGCUUCAGCCAUUAUGGCUAGAAAGAAAAGUAAUCAAAGCUUAAGUACCAGGGAUGUACUUGCAAAUAUGGACAAUGACCCUCAUGUCAUUGAGCCUCCUCAACCUGAUAAUUCAAUUUCAACUGCGAAAAUAUUAGCUGCUUCUGUGAAGUUAAGAAAUCGAGACCUGAUCCCACCUCAUGGUUAUCCUCCACAGCCACCACCACUGGUCCGUUCUACACCUCAAAUCCUGGCCAAAUCAAGGUUUAGAGUGCCGACAUUUGAAAUCAAGAGAUCUACUUCUGCAUUAGCUCCUCAUUAUCAAUAUAAUGAACUUUUUGAAGAUGUUACGCCCAAAAAGCCAACCAUCAGAGCUGAUGGUAUGAAGACAUUACCAAGUAUGGAUAAAGAUGACGUGAAGAGGAUAUUGAAUGCCAAGAAAAUAAUAACUCAAGAUGAUUAUGCCAGAGUGAAAUUAGCAGGUCCAGGUAGAUUAAAGAAGAAUUCAGUUGUCGAUGAACCCGAUUUACACGUUGAGGAUGUCCUGCAACAAGCUUCAUAUCAUGACCAUAACUCCACUCAGGAAUCUAGUGGGAGGAUUGGAACAAAUCUGGAACUGUCUACUAGUGUAUUGCCUUAUUUAGCUGACGAGUUGAAGAAAUCUCCACAAGCUCUAUUGGCUGACGAUAAGUUAUUUAAAGAUAAUGAACAAGAGAUUCAUGUUUUGCCUCAACCAAUACUGGCAAUUCUGCCCAACAUUGAUUUCCCAAGAUUAUCGUUGGAACAUACUCCACAACAAGAUUUGGCCUCACCAAUAUCUAGUGAAUUUGAUAUCGAUGUUUCUCCUCAAGCUCCACCACAAAGUUCAUAUAAUCCAUUCCGUCCAAAGAGAGAUGAAACUCCAGAACCAAAGCCAAAGAAGACCCCUAUUAAGAUUGGAGGAUCUCCUAUAAAAUUAGUCAAGAGAGAUGGAAUGGUAACUGGAAUUGAAGUUGAUCAUUUGAAGACUCAUAUGCCAGAAUUUACUGGUGAUGAAAUUGUCAAUAGUAAAUUGAGAGACCGAGUUUCUAGAGAAAUUGAAAAGGAGGCAGCAGCAAGUAUUGAACCAAAAGCUCCAUAUAAAUCAAGAAUGACUUCUGUUCAUACAUUGGGCUCCCGAGAGUUACCUUCUCCUGAGAUUGUUGAUGAUGAAUUACCAGACGAGGAAUUCAUGGAACGUGGCAAGUUGUUCUUCCGGGUAAUUGGAAUUAAGAAUAUCGAAUUGCCUGAUUUGAGUGUUCAUAAAAAUGCCAAGUUUUCAAUAACAUUGGAUAAUGGUGUUCAUUGUAUCAGAACUCCUGAUUACGAUUUAAAUUCACGCAAGGUUCCAAUUGGUAAAGAGUUUGAAUUAACAGUGGGUGAUUCCUUAGAGUUUAUUUUAACAAUGAAAGCAACCUAUGAUAAACCAAAAGAUACAUUAGUUGAAGUUACUGAACGAAAGACAGUCAAACCAAAGAAUAGACUUAGCAGAUUAUUAGGACAGAAGGAUAUUAUAACCACUACCAAAUUUGUUCCUAAACAAGCAGCAAAUAGUUGGGGAAAUAAAUUUGCUAAUGAUGGAUCAUUCGCCAGAUGUUACAUUGAUUUAGCACAAUUUGAAGAUAAGGUAACUGGUCAAGCUCUUAACUUUGAUCUCAACUGUUUUAACGAAUGGGAGACCUCUGAAGAUAACAGUCGUCGUCCAGCCUAUAAGAUUGCCCAACUUGAAGUUAAGAUGUUGUUUGUUCCUCGUUCAGAUGCUCAUGAAAUUUUACCAACUAGUAUUAGAUCAGCAUAUGAAAGUGUCAACGAAUUGUGUCGUGAAUUAGAUACUUAUUAUGAAGGUUACUUACAUCAAGAAGGUGGAGACUGUCCUGUAUGGAAACGAAGAUUCUUUAAGUUACGAGGAGCGUCGUUGAUUGCUCACAGUGAAUAUAAUCACAAGACAAGAGCCAAAAUUAACUUAUCCAAAAUUGUUGAUGUUAUAUACGUGGACAAGGAAAAUAUAAAUCCAGGUUCAUCAUCUUCCAACUACAGAAACUUUAGUGACGUGUUGCUUCUUGAACAUGCAUUCAAGAUAAGAUUUGCUGACGGUGAAAUUAUUGAUUUUGGAGCUCCUAAUAAAGAACAAAAGAGAGAUUGGGUGAGAAUUUUGGAACAGAUUGUUUAUAGAAACAGAUUCCGUCGUCAACCAUGGGUUAAUAUUAUGAUGCAAGCUGCUGACUUGGUCAAACCCAAGCAGAUCCCCAUGAACGGUAACGGUUCAAUGCUUAUUUAA